AUGAUCAAUGGCAUUUUCUCGCUGGCAGCAAGGUUCUCGACACAUCCCUAUUUUGAAACGACUCCGGUGCAAGAACGCGGGCGAAAGUUUGCCAGGAGUGCGACUUUGAUCAAGGAUACCAUGAUUAACACUAUCGAGGAACCGACAUUGGAAUUCGCCAAAGGCUGUGUUUUGCUGGCAUACCAUUACAUAACGGCUGGUGAACUUGCACAAGGUUCUAUGCUCACGAGCAUAUGUGUUUACUAUGCGUACGAUCUAGGGUUGGACAUGGUUGACGUGAGGUGUAUCGGUGAUGAUGGAAGCGGUGAAGACAACCUACAAGACGUGGAUGCGUGGGUACACAUGGAAGACCUUCACAGAUUGUGGUGGGCCAUCUGGGAGCUCGACGCCUUCGUCGCAACCAUCUCCAGUCAACAUUUCGGAUCAACAAGUCCAGUGAGAUGA